UGAAUCUUUCUCCGAUUGGUUUCGGCCUCGAUACCCUCUCUGAUUGGCGGAGUGGGGGUUGCCGUGGCGACGUGUCCCGAGUAAUCGGGGAAGCCGGCACCGCCGCAACGAUGGGGCCGGGGGGCGGCCUGAAGCAGCCCCAGUGCCAUGAAGCCAGGAUCUGCAUGUGGAAGUACCUGGAUGUUCACUCCAUGGACCUCAUCGACAUGGCGCAGACCACAGACGAGCUGAAGAGGGUGCUGGCAGAGCUGUUCCAGCUGCAGGGCUGGGAAUCGGACCCACGGGCCGCCAUCUUGCUGGAUCUCUACUUCUACACAGUGCAGUUCAGCCGGGAGCACAGCUUCACCCGAGAGCAAAGCUCCACCUUCUUCGCCAUCGUCAAAGACAUCCACGAGGCCUGUGUGGAGACACCACUGCCCAAUGUGGAGGAAUGUUACCGCUACUUCACCGAGCUGCUCUUCUGCCACGCCGUGCGGCGGCCUCCAUUCAGCAUCGACCUCUUCAGCCAGGAGCAGCUGGCACUCAUGAGCGACUACGUGGUGAACACCUACUUCCGCCACUUCAAGCUGUACAAAUACACCUUCACACCCCAGGUCCGGCUGGACAUAUCGCUGUCCUACGUGGGAAUGCCAGUGCCGGAGCCUGCGGCCGAGCUGAGAGAACUGGCUGAGAGUGUUAUGGUGCCUGUGCCCCCAGCGCAAGAGGAAGAAGCCGACAGUGGAACCACAGCCCCCAGGGAGAGCCCCAGGGCCCUACUGCGGGAAUACAUCUCUGCUCAACUCUCCCAGGAGCUGGCCCAGCUGCGGCUGGAGGUGGAGGAGCAGCUACGGGCGAGCGAGGAGCAGUUCAACACCAAGCUAGCCCUGCUGGAGAAGGUGCCCAACUCCCCCAAGGGGGGCGGCCGGGGCCACCGGAAGUGAGGGGAGAGAGGAAGGCAAUAAAGGACUGCGAUUUUA